GCUGCAGAUCAUCUCAGGUGCGCCAAGGAAACUCAUCUCUUCUUUUCAUCUUUUACCAGAUUUGAGUUUUUCUACAAAAUGUCUGAAUCCGACAGCAGUGAUGAAGAAUUAGUUGAAAUACUUUUUCCUACACUGAUUGCUUUUAGUUUAGUGUCUCCGAAAAUCAUUCUCAACAAGCUCCAAGGAUUUGUCAGAAACAUCCAAUGGAGCACAAAGGAUGUAACUGAAUUAUUCAAAGCUCUUCUGGAGCGGUUUGAGUCAACAACACAAGACAGAUCACAUCUCUUCUCAUGGAUGUUGAACAUGUUGCAGUGUAUAGAGAUUAAUUACAUCACUCCAGGUUGGAAAAGUCAAACAGGAAAGACUCUUAUCCAGCUGGUCCGAGACAAGUCUGUAACAGAUGAACACCUUAAGAAAAAUGUUGCCGAUGCCCCGGAAAAGUCCCUGGACGAAAUCCUUGAGGAAAUCCGACAACAAAAGUUAAACCACAUUGACGACAACCUUUUGAAAGACGUGAGAGACAUUGUAUCAGCAGUUGAUGAGGAUCUGACUUCUCCUAGUGAUGGAUCACAGAGGAAUGACCUGAAAAAAGUAUUGCUAAAUCUUUGUAGGGCAGUGGAAGAAAGUCUGAAGUUCAGACCGCGACUGACACAGAUGGUGAGCUGGUGUAUAAUGGCUCUUUCCAAAACAGGGCAGUUAAUUCAGGUUGGCACUGGAGAGGGAAAGUCAUGUAUAAUUGCAAUGUUUGCAGCUUUUCGAGCUUUGAAAGGAGAAGAAGUAGACAUCUUCACUAGUUCACCAGUUCUUGCAGAAAGAGAUUUUUUAGAAUGGAAAGGGUUUUAUGAUGUGUUGAAGAUCAGAGUCAACUGCAAUACCAACAAACAAGUUGAACACUUAAAAGAGUGCUACGAGUGUAACGUGGUAUAUGGUACUGCUGAGGCAUUUGCUGGACAUUGGCUAGGCAAGCGCUUUGAAAGAAUAGACACAUUUGAGCAAAGGAAAAUCCAGUGUGCAAUAGUGGAUGAAGUAGAUUCCUUGAUGCUAGAUAAAGGUAAUCACUUUGUCUAUAUAGCCAGCGAUAUGCCUGCUUUGCAACAUCUCAAUCCACUCCUGGCAUUCAUAUGGACGACUGCAAAAAAAUACAGUAAUGGCUUUUGUCACUACAUUUAUUCUGAUACAGAGAGUAAGGUAAGGGCUGCAGAAGAAGAAAUAAAACAUGCUCUGCAUUUUACACCUUGUGAGCUCAACGAAGAUCGAAUAGCGUGUUAUGUCCCAGGUUUCCUUGCAGAUCUGGUCAACUCCAAACUAAAGGUUUGGAUUGAAAAUGCAUUCAAAGCACAGACCAUGACAGAAGAUCGUGAAUAUACCCUCGAGAAACAUGGGAUAGUGCCUGUUGACUACAGCUCCACAGGUGUUGUUGAAAACUUCAGGGUAAUGCCAGAUGGACUACAGCAGUUUCUUGAGAUGAAACAUAAGUACAAGCUGAGUGACAUGACGGCCAUCACAAACUAUAUGUCCAAUGUGGGCCUUUUUAUGAAGUACAAAGAUCAGAUCUUUGGGAUUUCUGGAACUCUUGGCCAACAAGCAGAGACUGACACUUUGGAGAAAAUCUAUGAUGUCAAGACCUGUCAGAUACCUGCUUUCAAACGCAGAAAGCUGUUUGAGGUUGAAGGAGUGAUUGUAAGUGACGAAGAAGAAUGGAUUGAGGAAAUCUGUAAUGUUGUAUUGGCAGAAACAAACCCAACUCCAUAUAGGGCUCAAAGAGCUGUGUUGGUCAUUUGUGAGACCAUCCAACAAGCAAAGGACCUUGACCUUGCUUUAAAAAAUAAAGUCCCGGACAAAAAGCUUUACACAAGCAACAACAUAGACAAUACUGCAAUUUUCAAAAAGAAGCUUGAAGCAGGAGAGGUCAUUAUAGCAACAAAUCUUGCUGGAAGAGGGAUGGACCUUCAGGUUUCUGACCAGGUAAAGAGAGCUGGAGGUUUGUUCGUUCUGCAGACCUUUCUGCCCGUGAAUGCUCGUGUGGAGGCGCAGGCAUUUGGCCGUACUGCAAGACAAGGAUCUCCUGGGUCUGCCCAGCUCAUUAUCUGCUCCAGCCCCCUGCCAGAACCACUCAAAUUGUUGGCUUUGAUGGGCGAACUUCAAACUUUAAUGGAGAACGUCACCAAUGUCUUGCCACUUUGCUUUUCGAUGCAAUUGAGGUCCUAUCAAGAAAGCCCGAGCUAUGAGCAAGCUAAUGAAAUGUCUUCAACUCUGACACAUAUUUUGACUGAAAACUCAAAUUCACCGAUAAAGACAGUUAAAGAGGUCAGAGAUGAUUUAGUGGCUAAAGAACUAGCUAGCUUCUCAGAGUGUGAAAUACCAAACAUAAAGAAGAAGGAAUCGCUCUUCAAACAGUAUCUGGACACACUAGAUAAAGAGUACCAAAUCAGUAACAACAAGCCAGCAGCUUCAGAUGUGUCUGCACUCAAUGAAUUCUGGGGUAUUUGGCUCCUCACAAACUUCAAUGAGAACGAAUCCACCUCAAACUUAGAAAACAAACUAGGGGAAGACUUGGAAACAGCCAGGCAAAAACUCAGACGGAGAGAAUCGCCCUCUUCAAACCUGCACCACUACACUGCAUUUGGCAACGAACUGCGCAAAAGGGGGCAACUUGCAGAUAGUAUCAUGAUGUACACUAAGGCCAUACAGGAGGACCACUGUUGGGCAGCAAUCGCAUAUUACAACCGUGCUUUUGCAUCUUUAUCCCAGCAAGAGAGACAACAGGAUCCAAACUGCAUCGAUCAAGCUCUGGAAGAUUUGCAAAAUGCACUCAAGUCGGUUGAGCUCCACUGUGAACAAAUUAAGUUCACUUAUAUAUACUCCAAAGAUAUCAUGGACCUCUGCAGCGAUUCAGUCGACCGAUUUGACUCUCACAUGUCAACCAGACACCUGGUGUUGCAGUGUUUCAAAAGUAACAUUAAUGAGGCCAUAAAGAAGCUGGAAAGGGCAAAACUGUUUGGUAGUACGGUUAAAUUGGAAGAGAGUCUAUUACACUUCAUGGUUCCAGCAGUCCAUCUUCUGCCCUGGGUAGUCCUUUCGACACAAUCACUGCCUCUGAUCCGCUCCGGAGACCCUCUGAAGUUGUACCAGCUAAUUAGCCAUCGCGACUAUGACAUUCACAUUGAACUCAUGCGUCUUCAAAAUCUGGGCCUGACUCAUGUCUAUACCUUGGACACAAUGUUCUCUCUGGGUGGCUUUUUCUCAAAGAUACUAAGACUUUAA